AUGGCACAAAACCACCUAGCACCUCCCGGUCUCAUCCUCCAUUGCCUGUCGCGCCUUCCUUGCCUUGCUUGCUCAGUUCCUCCACUUAUAGAUGAGCUGAAAUCUACUGAAUUAACCCACAUCAAAUACUGUUGUGAAGUGAGUAAACCGACCGAACCGCUCUUCACUCUGAUCAUCAACAAUCUCGCAUAUGCCCAGGAUUUUGUUUCCAUCGAAAACAUCAUGGAAAAUCUCAAACGCGAAAAAGCUUGUCGUUUAUCCGGUGAUUUCUUCCAGAAUGUGGUUAAAAAUAUGGGCACGUCAGAGGUCGAAUCAGACGGGCGAUCGAGACCCCUUUUUAUGACGGGACACGAGACUUGGCCUGGUGUAAAGACCUUCAAUGUCGUAUUGAGCUUACUCAUGAAUAAUAAACUCUUUGAUGUUGUUCACGAGGUUUAUGUGAAAGCUCCCGAUUUGGGUAUUGAAAAUGAAGCUUAUACUUUGGAUAUUCUCGUUAAAGGGUUGUGCGAAAAUGGAAAACUGGAGUUUACAUUCCAACUGCUCGAUGGAUUUCCUAAACAAAGGUGA